AUGAGUUCUUCGUUCACCAGUAAAGAUCUUGUGAAUGAUGAUGAUGAUGUUGAUAAUGACGACGAUUACUCUGCUGCUGCUGAUAAUAUUGUUGAUGGUUGUGGUGGUGUUGAUAAUGAUGAUGAUCCUAUAUCAGAAAUUGUAACCUGCAAUAAUGAAGGACUUCCUUGUUCUGUUAAAAUCGAUAUCACCUCAAUCGACGUUCAAGACGGUGUAAAAAUCAAUCGGCGUUUUGAGAUCGUAACAAACAGCACAAUGGGUAUCGAUAUCGAAACGUACCGUGGUAGAAUAGGAACUUUCAGAUUUUCAUCGGGAGUCGAUGUUGUAACAAUCGUUUGUCUUGUGAAUUUAAGUGGCGGAAUUAAAGUUAUCGGUACUGUACUUUUCAUAGGACUACUUUUGUUGCUUUCCGGCAUAGAACCUAACCCUGGGCCGAAGGAGAACGACGAUGAACAAGCAAGGAGAACGAUAAAGGUUGCAGGAAUUCCUGCUGGAAUAGAUAAACAAUACCUUACUCUGUUUUUCAAAAGUUCAAGGAAAUGUGGUGGAGGAAAAAUCAGCAACAUUCAGUUUGACGAAGAAAAUCAUUCGGCUGUUAUACAGUUUGAAAAUGUUGAUACUGUUCAAUCAGUGUUACAAAGAAGGCCCAUUGAAAUAGCAGGAACUGUCCUAGAAAUAGAUAGCUCUGAAUCAGAACCGAGUUUCAGCUUUUCUUUAUGCUCUUCUCCGACAAUUGAGGUUACUGGCUUCCAGACGGGUGAUUCGCAAAUGGCAGAACUUCUCGAAUUAUACUUUGAAGAUGAGGAAAGUUCAGGCGGUGACACUAUAGCUAAUAUAACAAUAGAUGACGAUGGAAAAGCCCUUGUUACAUUUGAAUCGAUCAAAGUUGCUCAACGAGUGGUAAAUAAAAGCACACAUACAUUAAAGCAAAACACGUUGAUAGUGGUACCAAAUAGGAGAGACAACCCACCGGAACAUGACAAUAAUACCGAUUCGUCUACUCUUUCAAUGGAAAUUACAUCAGCCAAAGAAUCAAUCACCGAAACUAUCUACACACGAACGGGAAGGAAGGUAGACAUGGAUGAUAUACUUGUUGAGGUGCCGGAGCCGUGCGAACAGUCGGAAAUUGUUGAAAAAAGGUUUCCUACUGACAAUGAAAUAAAAGGCAUAGCAAAAGUCAACAGUGCUAAGAUUUUACAACUUACUGGUUUGACCGACAAAUUCCCAGAAAAAAUUACAAUUACGGAAGUUAUGACGAUAGAUGUUGAAGCUGAUGUUAAACAUAAUUAUACAAAGGAAGAAUUGCCGUGGAUUCUACUGCGUCGUAUUUUAGGAGUUCAGAGUGAAGCAAGAGAUCAUUCUGGCGUAGUCAAUGAUCAUACAGAAAGAGCAGAACAGGUGCAUGAAAUUAUUGUCCAAUUCUUUGAAAAUUUCUCUAUGGACGACACAAGCGACGAAAGUGAUGGAAUUUCUCCUUUAGAUAUAUUUCUAAUAACACUACAAUGCUGCGACCCCAUGCUUAAACAAGUAUUGUUCCAAAAAUUGUAUUUGUGUAAAAUAGCUUUUCCUUUUAUAGAGUAUGACAAAUCGUUAAAUGAUUGGGAAUUUAUAAUAUGGCCCUUACGUUCUUUAGUUGUAGAAAGUUACAAUAUAUCACAGACAUCUGAAACAGAAACAAGGGAAUUUGAGAUUCUAGAGCUCCCUUUAAAAACAGUAACUUUUGCAAAUUUUGGUAGACCAAAUUAUUCAAAGUCUAAAUUAAUGAAUGAUUUACUUUCGGACGAUAUUCAAGAUACAUUUUUCAAUAUGAAUUGCCCUCUUGGUAUGUUACCAAAGCGUUGCAGUAACGGAACCGUAGAAAUGUUCAUUCUACCUUUUGGUGGUUUAAAAGAAAAAAAAUUUGAAGAUGCAAUUGCAUUUUUUAAUUUGAGGGGGAGGAUUGAAGAAGAUUUCACUACAGGGGUCAUUUCAUUGGUUUCCAAUAUAUCUGAUAUUCUUGUUCUUUUACUGGAUGAGUCGUCCAUUAUAAAACAAGAUCAAGAACUCUGUAAACUGAUUACCAAUUUCACAACCGUUAUCAUUGUCAUAGCUAACCAGACGGAACCAUCAACUGUUAAACAGUUUACUGAGAAGCUAACACCUACAAAAACUCUUACAAUUGUAAGUACAUAUAAAGCACAUACUCAAAUAAAUUCUAAAGAUUUUUCAAAACAGCUUCGACAACUGAUAUCUACUCGACUCAAAAUCGCCGCAGUGAAAUCUCUAGAUGAUCGUGUAAAUGAAUGUCAAUCUCAUGCAAGUGACGAGACCAGAACCGAUUGUGCAAAAGCCAAGGUAAUAGCCACCCAAGUAUUUCAAUCUAUGUCUGAUAUUGGAAGCAAAGUUCAGUUGAAAAGUUACAUAACACCGGUACACUUCAUUUACUCAAAACAACUUGGUUCCAGUAUAAGAAGUUUACAUAGAUUGAAAACCGUACAAGAAACUCACACUACCACAGCAAAAAUCAAACAAAUAAGGGAAAAACAGCUUAAGAGUAUUUCGAGUCCCAUGAAGUUAUUUCUUCAGUCAUUGGACAAUAUCAAAGACAAACCAAUGAUGGUACAAUAUUUAGUAAAAUGGAUGUCAUAUUGUUGA